CACAGUGAUUGUUGUGACUCUACCUACUUCCCUCAACAACAAUGCUCCUCAACUUACUCGCCACGGCGCUGGCCUUGGCAACAACCACAUCUGCCUCUCCAAUCAGUAGAUCCUCAACGACGAACAACGCAUGGGACCUAGACUGGAUCUCAACAGACCCCUCCCUCCCGAAAGUAAUCAUCUACAGUGCAGGCGGCACAAUCCUCUCAGCCUCAAACUACAGCCGCCUCGACAACAUAGCCUACGGCUCCGGCCCCUCAACAACGCCCUACGACCUCAUCUCCAACGUCUCCGAGGUUAUGGAGGUCGCACCGCUCGCUGUUGUGGAACUCGAUGUCCCCGGCGGCAGCGCGGGGCUAAACUCGUCGCUGUAUCUCAACAUCAGCCAGCUCGCUAACGCGCAGGUGUGUGCUGAGGGGAGUGAUGUCGCUGGUGCGAUUAUGUUUCAUGGGACGAACACGCUUGAGGAGACGGCUUUCGGCGUGGAUUUGACGUUUAAUUGCUCCAAGCCAUUCGUCGCGACGGGGUCUAUGAGGCCUGAUACGUAUGUCUCUCCUGAUGGGCAUGCGAAUUUCUAUCAGGCUGUUGCGGCAGCUGCGUCUCCUUCUUCGCGUGAUCGAGGGGGUCUCAUCGCCUUCAAUGACAGAAUCACGUCAAUCUAUUACUCCACCAAGGUUAAUGCAAACACGCCAGACACGUUCAAGGCCCUUGAGCAGGGAAACCUCGGGGCCUUCCUCGCGGGGCAGCCGUAUUACUUCUUCGACGCGGCGUAUCCGACAGGCCGGCCUCAUUUUGAUAUCACGGGCGUGACGGAGUUGCCUUCUGUGAUUAUUGUCUAUGGUCAUCAGGGUUUCGAUGCGUCAUUGAUGUACGCUGCCGUUGCCAACGGCGCGAAGGGCCUAGUGAUCCUCGGACCCGGCGCGGCAGCCGUGAGUCCCAGCGCCCGAGCCGCGGCCGCGGACCUUCUGGAGCAGCGGGGGAUACCCACCAUCGCCGUCGCCCGACCCGUCACCGGCACCGGCGUCCCUAGUCCGGUUCCCGGGCCGCUGAUUUACUCGAGUUACCUCGGCGGCGAGCAGGCGCGCAUCAUGUUGCAGCUUGCCAUUAAUGCCGGAUAUGAUAUUGACGAAAUCCGGGGCUUGUUCGAGAGUCCUUUGAGGAGGGCCGUUUAUGAGACACCUGCGAACCAAAAGUUUUAUUACUCUGGUUGAAUGAGCAGGAUGCCAAAGGUGAAAGAUAAGAUGUAUGGUCAAGAGACCUACAGAACAUGGUAGUACAGUAGAGAGACAGAACAGAAGACCUAAGAAAGGAAACGAAUUGGCAACCUCACAAUGACCUUUACAUUGAUAAGAUGACAUCCCAAGCCUAAAGUUUGGGCGAGUGUAGAAGAAGACAUUUGGGGAAAUCCACAGCGCUAUCAUUAUAUUACUCUUCACAAUCACCCGCCGUCUAUGAUUCUAGUGCCGGAGAAGAACAACUGGGUCGGUGGGA